AUGUGGUCCGGAGCCUCCCCUCAAGAGCAAAUUAUAGAAGCCUCCAGACGAAACAAUGUGGACUUGCUAGCUUCUGUGACAGAAGCUCAUCCGGAGAACAUUGCAGAGCUUAUAAACGUUUCCAAAGACGCCACAGGCAAUACUCCAUUGCAUCUUUGUUGCAAGUACGGAUGCUACGAAGUGCUCGACAAGCUUCUUGACAUUGAGGGUGUUGACGUCGAUCCAAAGCACCCAAUUAGCGGCGAAACGCCCUUGCACUAUGCUGUUCACUACAGUUUCGAGGAGCCCGAGUACGCCAAAUUUCUAAUAGAGAACCUUCUAGAGGUUGGUGCGGACCCGACGAUUCGCAACAAAGAUGGCCUGAAACCAGCUCAAUUGCUGGGCGAUGCCAACGAGGAUAUAAGGAUGCUACUCGAUGGAGCCGAAUACGCAGCAAAUGUGCUACAGGAUGAAGAAGAGGAGGUCGAUGACGGUCCGUCAGACGAAGAAUAA